AUGAUCUCUGAAAGAGUAAAGACAAAUAUUUUCUUAUCAAACCAAAGUAAACUAAUUAUCAAUAUAUGUGAAGUCACGUCCACUGAUCAAGGCAUCAGUACCUGUCCAAAGAUCACUCUAGUUCCACCUUGUGUGAAAAGCAGCACAACCCCACGGGUUGAUCAGAAUGUAUCUGAUGAAGAGGCUCAGGGAAUAAAUGGAAAAACGCCAGCAAAACACUCAGCUGCAAGUCCAAAGCCACAAGUGCCUCCAAAGCCAUUACAUCUGCAGAAUCCACCUUCGUCUAAUAUACACCAAACUCCCAGGCAUAAAGCUUUAUCUAGUGCAAAACCAAGGAUGGAGGAAGUUAAACCUGCCUCUGCUUCUUGUGUCUCAAAAGAAAAACCCAGCAAGGUAUCUGAUCUCAUCAGUCGCUUUGAAGGAGGCAGCACAUUAUCAAAUUACAGUGAUUUGAAGAAAGAUUCUGCUGUGCACCUGAAUGCUCCUAGGACACCAGGAAGGCAUAAAUUGACAACCACCCCUCAGCAAAAGCUCCUCUCCCAGCAUCCACCACAGAAGCAGGGAAAUGACACAGAUCCAACUCAGGGUGUACAGACUGGUGUGGCUAAUGGUGUGAUGGCAGCACAAAACCAGAUGGAGUGUGAGGAGGAUAAAGCGGCCACUCUUAGCCCAGAUACUCCUAUUCAAACUUCAGAACCCUUGCUUGCUAUGAACUUAGUGAAUGGAGAAGGAAAGGAGAAAACUACCACAGAACCCGCAUCACCCACGGCAAAUGACUAUGAUGGAAACGCGUCUGAUAGUAGCUGCAGGACCUCCACUGUCAGCCAAGGGCUCCCCCUAGAAGAAGGAAGGGCAGAUGCGGAAGCAAACGUGCAAGAGCGGGAAGAUGGAGAAAGCCCUCUGGAACAGGAACAGCUGGACCAGCACCAGGAGAUGAAGGAAACUAAUGAACAAAAACUUCACAAAAUAGCCAACGAACUUUUGCUUACAGAAAGAGCUUAUGUCAACCGACUUGACCUCUUAGAUAAGGUAUUUUACUGCAAAUUAUUGGAAGAAGCAAAUCGAGGCUCAUUUUCAGCAGAGAUGGUGAAUAAAAUCUUUUCUAAUAUUUCAUCAAUAAAUGUCUUCCAUAGUAAAUUCCUAUUGCCAGAGCUGGAAAAACGAAUGCAAGAAUGGGAAACUACCCCUAGAAUUGGUGACAUCCUUCAGAAAUUGGCACCAUUCCUUAAGAUGUAUGGAGAAUAUGUGAAAGGAUUUGAUAAUGCAAUGGAAUUGGUUAAAAACAUGACAGAGCGUAUCCCCCAGUUCAAAUCAGUAGUUGAAGAAAUUCAGAGACAGAAGGUGUGCGGGAGCUUGACUUUGCAGCACCACAUGCUAGAACCUGUUCAGCGGAUCCCCCGGUAUGAGAUGCUCCUCAAGGACUACCUAAGGAAGUUGCCCCCUGACUCUCCAGACUGGAACGAUGCUAAAAAAUCACUUGAGAUUAUAUCUACGGCAGCAAGCCAUUCUAAUAGUGCAAUAAGAAAAAUGGAGAAUCUAAAGAAACUCUUAGAGAUUUAUGAAAUGUUGGGAGAGGAAGAAGACAUUGUCAAUCCUUCAAACGAACUCAUAAAAGAAGGACAGAUCCUGAAACUCGCUGCUCGGAACACAUCAGCACAAGAACGCUACCUUUUCUUGUUCAACAACAUGUUGCUGUAUUGUGUACCAAGAUUCAGCUUGGUGGGCUCUAAAUUCACAGUUCGAACCAGGGUUGGCAUCGAUGGAAUGAAAAUUGUAGAGACCCACAAUGAAGAGUAUCCACACACUUUCCAGGUAUCUGGAAAAGAGAGAACACUGGAGCUACAAGCCAGUUCUGAGCAAGACAAAGAAGAAUGGAUCAAGGCGCUUCAGGAGACCACUGAUGCUUUCCAUCAGAGGCAUGAAACCUUCAGAAAUGCAAUUGCAAAGGAUAAUGACAUGCACUCAGAGGUUUCUACUGCUGAGCUAGGGAAAAGAGCUCCAAGAUGGAUCCGAGAUAAUGAAGUAACGAUGUGUAUGAAAUGCAAGGAGUCUUUCAAUGCACUGACAAGGAGAAGACAUCAUUGUCGAGCAUGUGGACAUGUGGUUUGUUGGAAGUGUUCUGAUUACAAAGCUCAACUUGAGUAUGAUGGUGGAAAAUUGAACAAAGUUUGUAAAGACUGUUAUCAAAUAAUAAGUGGAUUCACGGACAGUGAAGAAAAGAAGAGAAAAGGAAUUUUAGAGAUUGAAUCAGCAGAAGUGUCUGGAAACAGCGUAGUGUGCAGCUUUCUUCAGUAUAUGGAAAAGUCAAAACCUUGGCAAAAAGCUUGGUGUGUGAUCCCCAAACAAGACCCUCUUGUGCUGUACAUGUACGGUGCUCCCCAGGAUGUCCGAGCCCAGGCCACCAUUCCACUCCUGGGUUACGUUGUGGACGAUAUGCCAAGGAGUGCAGACCUGCCACACAGUUUCAAACUGACCCAGUCCAAGUCUGUGCACAGCUUUGCCGCAGACAGUGAGGAACUGAAACAGAAGUGGCUGAAAAUCAUCUUUUUAGCUGUCACAGGUGAGACACCAGAUGGUCCCAGCAAGCAUCCAACCACCUUGGAUGAUCAUCCUGAACCUAAGAAAAAAUCAGAAUGCUGAACUUCAGGACCAUCCACAGUGUGGAGGUCCUAAGAUUUACAGCUCAAGACAUUCCCAGCCCUCCUCAUUCAUCUCUUAGCACUUUAUGUUGAAAAAUAUAGGCUCUUAAAUGCAUCUUUU